AUGUCAGCACAAGAAUCUCCAGAUCAACAACAACCCGCAACAGACGCUGAGAUCGAAGUUUUCUCAAGCCAAGAACCUCAUAUACAAGAUCACGCAAUGGAAGCUCCUGACUCUCCACCCGAUCUUUACUCUGCCCACAACCAUUCCAACACACCAGCUACCACACCUUCUAAGAGCGCUGCUCAGGAAAAAGUUAAUCAUGGUGCGCCUGGUAGUUCGUGGAAUUCAAAGAAGUUUCAGGAGGAAUAUGAUAGGGCAUGUGAUGGACUAGUUGACAAGAACUGGGAUGGCAAAACCAGAUAUGGUGACCCGUUGUUGCCGAAAUGA